AUGCUUCCAUCUGCUUCCAAGUGUGUGCAAGAACUUCUGCUAACCUUUGCCUUCUCUUUGGCCUCUACUUGGGCUGAUGUCCUUCCAGUGUUUCCAUACCAUGACUAUUGCAUCAUUGGGGCCGGCCCCUCAGGCUUGCAGAUGGCCUAUUUCCUCCAACACGCGGGCCGAGACUACGUGGUCUUUGAACGUAGCCACAUGCCAGGGCGUUUCUUUGCCUUGUAUCCGCGCCAUCGCAAGCUGAUCAGCAUCAACAAGCGCUACACGGGCAAAGCCAACCGUGAGUUCAAUCUUCGUCAUGACUGGAACUCGCUACUCAGCCAUGAUAGUAGGCUUCUUUUCCGACACUACUCCCCUGACUACUUCCCUGAUGCCGACGCCAUGGUGCAUUACCUGGGAGACUUUGCUUCCUUGCUAGGCCUCCAGGUGCUUUACAAUACAUCCAUUACUCACGUGACGCUGGAGAAGGACACCGAGGCCUGGAACGGCCACUACUUUAUCCUUACCGACCAGAAUGCUCAGCUCUACAAAUGCAGUGUUCUUUUGGUGGCCACAGGGACAUGGGUUCCUCACAAAGUGAACUUUCCUGGUUCAGAAUAUGUUGAGGGCUAUGAGUCGGUGUCCACUGACCCUGAGGACUUUGUCGGCCAGUCAGUAUUGAUCCUGGGCCGAGGCAACUCUGCCUUUGAAACGGCUGAGAACAUUUUGGGAGUCACCAAUUUCAUACACAUGGUGAGCCGUUCUCGGGUUCGCCUCUCUUGGGCUACUCACUACGUUGGAGAUCUAAGAGCAAUUAACAAUGGCCUUUUGGACACGUAUCAGCUGAAAUCUCUGGACGGCCUGCUGGAAGGUGACUUGGAAGACCUGGUCCUUGUCAAAGAUAAAAAAGGGAAGCUGCAUAUUACCCUUCGCUUUUACCUGGAGAACCGCAACAGCAGCGAAGAGUCAGUUACCCUCCCCCAGGAUGAACUGGACAACUUUGCCACUCGGGCACCCUACGACCGGGCCAUUCGCUGCCUGGGUUGGCAGUUUGACUUCUCCAUAUUUAACAAAUCUGUUGGGCUGAUGCGUGGCAAAGGCAGUAAGAAAAAAUAUCCUUUGAUCAAGCCCAGCUAUGAAGCAAAAGCGACUCGAGGUCUCUUCGUCCUGGGCACUGCAAGCCACUCAGUUGACUUCCGCAAAUCUGCUGGAGGCUUUAUUCACGGGUUCCGAUAUACAGCUCGUGUUGUUCAUCGUUUAUUAGAAGUGCGCCACCAUAAUGCCCCGUGGCCGUCCUCCACCUACCCCAUUAUUCAGCUAACCAAUUCCAUUGUCAAGCGGGUGAAUGAGGCAUCCGGGCUCUACCAGAUGUUCACGGUGCUGGCAGAUGUCAUUCUGCUGAAAGAGAACGCCACUGAAUUUGAGUAUCUGGAGGAAUUUCCGGUUGGAGUCCUGCAAGACCUCGAAUGGCGCACAGGAAGGAAAGUCCAGAAUGGGCUUUUUGUCAUCAUGAUGGAGUACGGGAAGAACUUCUCUGGGCCUGACAAGGACGUCUUCUAUUAUAACCGGGCAGUGGGUGAGGCACAGCAUGCUUGGCAGUCCAAUUUCCUGCACCCAGUCAUAUAUUACUACAAACAACUCCCCACUGAGCAUGAAAUGAGGCUUUGUCCCCCAGACUGGCCCCUGCCCCGCCCAGAUGCCAUCCAUCACAUUGUGGAGGACUUCCUGACUGACUGGACUGCCCAGAAUGCCCACAUCCUCCCUCUGAGACGCUUCUUGGAGAACUGCCUGGGAAUCGACUUGCGCAGGUUCUAUGCAGAGUCCUGUUUCCUCUUUGCUCUGACUCGCCAGAAGUUGCCUGUCUUCUGUCAGCAGGGAUACAUGAGAAGACAAGGGCUGAUGGGCAGUGAGAGACUUAGACGUCAUGCAGUCGAAGCCGGAUUGCUGGAGGACUAUGCUGCAGUGGACUCCCUAAAAGAGCUGGAAGAAGGCCAUGCACAAUUACAUGACCACCUGGUGGAGGAUCGCAUGAUGUCAAACCAUCAACUGCAGCACCUCAUGAGCACCAAGGAUGAACUUUAACUUUCCUUGGUCAGAAUCCACACGGAACUCUGGUCUUGGU